AUGGAGGAUAGGCGGAAGGGAUUGGGGGCGCGGGGAGGGGAUGAGAGCAUGUGGGAGAGGCAGGAAGGUGUGCAAUCACGAUCAUCACCAUCACCAUCAUCAUCAUCAUCAUCAUCAUCACCAUCACCAUCACCAUCACCAUCGCCACCAUCACCUGCGAGCAUGUUCAAUCCGUCUUGCGACCUCUCGCGGUUCGACCUCUCGAAGCACAACGUCUGGGGCCUGCGCCUGCUCUCGAGGCCCUGUCCUCUCCCGCGGAAUAGUCUUCCGCGGAUUCGAGUCGGCGCGCGGUACCGCCAUCGCGCGCACGCCGCGGGCCGCCGCGGCGGGUGCGGACCCGCCAAUAUCAUGCCUACCACUACUGGCGCGCACCGGCGCGCCAUGAUCCGCGGAACCUUGCGGAGAGUCUCGGAGCGCGUAAGAUAG